UCCUAGAAACACCUGUCAAUUGCUAACGAUCGAAUGCUAUCGUCGUAAAAUAACCUUUGCUUGAAAUUUACAACACCGAUGUUAUUCGAACCGAAAUCAUCAGAAAGGAAAUUUUACAACAAAAACAAAAAUGUCGCAGAGUAAGCCCAAAAGCGGCAGUAUUGCGGAAAACAAGCGGGAGGAACAGACACAGGAGUCUCUGGGAAGUGGGGACGUUUUGGCCGAGGGCAAACCCGAUGCGACCCCCAAUACUUCCAUUAUAGUUGAACACGCUGAUUCAGCUGGAGGAGGUGCAAUACACGAAGAGAUAAGACCAGCAAAGGACGUAACUAUUUACAAUGCCUACAAUAUGGGACCAGCUUUUGGCAACAAGUUCCCCUGUCCAUACAUACGCUACAUACUGCAACGAGUGCUUACGGAGAGACUGACUAAUAAAAGUUAUGCUGCUUCAGAUGCUGUGAAGUGGACCCGAGAAAUAGCCGACGAUAUCAAUAUGAAGAUGAAGGGACAGGGCCAGUACCCGCGAUACAAGCACGUUGUCAACGUAAUGCUCUAUCAACAGAAUGGUGGUGGCUGUUUCUAUGGGGCUCGUGCUAUAUGGGAUCUACUCUCAGACGAUUAUGUUAGCUAUGUCUUCGACGGUGGUAGUUUUGUUUGUAUUGCGAGCGUAUUUGGUUGUUAUACGUAUUAAUUUAGGCACAGAAGUAUUAAACAUUAAAGUUGUGACG